UCUUUCCCUUCAGCUCAUGCUUCAUUUUCAGCUUAUUCCAUGGUAUUUUUAGCUCUAUAUUUAGAAUCUUCAAUGCCAGCAAAACGAAGCAACUUAGUGAAGCCGUUUCUUCAAGUGGCUUUCCUGUCAUUAGGACUUCUUUGUGCAUUGUCACGGAUAUUUGAUUACUGGCAUCACUGGGGAGAUGUAUUGGUUGGCAUGUUUCUUGGUGCGAUUGUGGCUUUCUUUAUUACAUUCCGAUCCCUGAGGCUGUUUUCCUGUCCCCAUUGUCCUAAGUGCCAUCCCAUCGAUGAACCGGACAUCAUACACAGAAAUGCAGAAACGCAAAGUGAAGAAGAAGGGCAGCUGAAUGGUGAAAGUGCUAUUCCACUUUAGCAGACCUUGUGGAAAUGUUCCUUAGGAUUUCUCAAAGCUACUCUUUAGUAUAUUAACCCGUAUUUAUUAUAUGACUUGCUCUGUGGGUGGGCAAGAUAAACCAAAUCCUGUGGUGUGAUUGGCUACCCAAGUAGAAAAGGUGGUACUAUCUUGCCCGCUUGGGAUUAUAUACCCACUGUAUCCUGCAAGAACAUAACUAAGUUCUUUUCCUCUAUAAUAAACCCUUUAUUGACCAAGCUUGUUCAGUCAAGAUGGCUCCUUGUUCCUUUUGUGCUUGUUUUUU